AUGGAACAUCAAAAUGAGCAGCAACAUGAAUCGGACCUCAGCUUCCAUAAUUUCAAAAAGACAAAAACAAUAGAGAAGUGUAUACAGUUGGAAUACUUCAUCUGGACACAGAACUGCCGAAUAAUGCCACAAUUGACGCGUUUUGUCGAAAACUACGAGCGUGAUCGGCUGGAUUAUGUGCGAAAACUGCGUAUUUUUGAUGAAACAGUGCCCAUGCCACACAACACGCUUCCUCCAUCGUCGCUAGAAGUACGAAACAAAGAAGUAAUUGAAGAAUCGCGCUCAGAUUUGGCGAAACGAAAGCGCCAGUUCUUCGAGGAAGACAGCAAUGCCGUAAUUGACUAUAUCGCAGAAGCCACACGCAAAUAUGGCUUCCGGGAGCAGCGGGCCCUGGUGCAGUGCGCCAGGGAUGAGCGCGAAGCGGAGCUGUCGCAGAACCUCUCCGAACAACUCGCCAGCACCGUCGAAGAAGCGCUAGCUGACUCGCUCGAGACGCAACUUCGCUGCGACAUUACCCUCUCUAGUGAUCCCAUUCCAGAAUACGACGAUGAAAUGGAUAGUUUUGUCCGAGCAGCUUUGGUUGGAAAGAACUCGAAUGACAUUGUUGCGGAGAUUUCGCCAUUGUUCAUUACCAAGGAUCAUCUGAGUAGCUUGAACGGAACGAGAUGGGUCGAUGGAGAGGUGAUCAACUUGUACGCAAAGUUGAUCGAGCAGCGGUCUCUCCAGAAUCCGGCCAUGCUUCGGGUGCAUUCCUUCAACAGCUUUUUGUACCCGAAGCUUCAAGAAGCAGGCCAUGCUGCAGUCAAACGAUGGACGCGGAAAUGCAACAUUUUCAAGACAGACAUCAUCUUGUUCCCGAUCCACAUUGGCGGGACUCAUUGGACGCUGGCGUUUGCUGACACGAGGAAAAAGGUGCUCCGCUAUUGCGAUUCAAUGGGUGGACAUAACCCGAAAUGCUUGUCGAUUCUUCUUGAGUACUUGAAGACCGAGCACGAGGUGAAGCAAAACUGUCCACUGGGCGAUGACUGGAAGACCGAAUCGAUCUCGGGAAAAGUUCCCCAGCAAAAGAAUACUAAUGACUGCGGAGUAUUCGUGAUGACCUUCUCGGAAUAUGUUUCCCGCGAUGCUGCCUUCGACUUCAGCCAAGAUGACAUGCCCAAUUUGAGGAAGUUGAUAAAGUUCGAGCUUCUCCAAGAAAAACUCCUCCGUUAA